GGAGUACAGUUCUGGGAUUGCAAAGUCAGACGUGACUGAGCAGAGAAUUAACUGGCCACCUGAGUUUUCCCUGCUCCAGAUUUACUACAUAAGAAUUUAUACAGAGACUCAGUAGACACCUAAUAUUAUCCUACCUUUUCAUUAAUUUGCUUAGUUUUGAGUUCUCCUUUUUGGUUUUCUACUUUAGCUUUUUUUUUUGCCAUGCCAUGUGGCUUGUAGAAUCUUAAGUUCCCUAACCAGGGAUCAAACCCGUGCCCCCAGCAUGGGAUGCUCAGUGUCCUAACACUGGGCCACCAGGAAAGUCCCCUGGUUUCUACUUUAAUAGCAUAAUUACCUCAUAGGGCAUUUGGAGAAUAGAGGAAGGACAGCUGGGACAGUUAAAUGACGGGCCUUGGCCUUGUUCCAGCACCAUCGUGGUUAUAUUGGUGGAUUUCCUUCCAGUAUUUUCCCCUAUAUGUAGUAACAUUUUUAGCAUUGUUAUACUAAUAGCAUAUUUACAGCUUAAAUUUUUUUUUCCCACUCUUGUGUCUCGCUCUUCAGUUUUACAUUUCUCAAAACUCCUUUCCUGUAGUCUUCAUUUUUUGUGACUGUGCAGUUAACAGUUGUGAGCCGGUUCUGCAUAAUUUGCUUACUUUUCUGUUGUCGUCCCCAGCUUCAUGACAUUCUCAGUAACACAGGGAUAAGCGCGUUGGCAUUUGAGGUUAUUUCCACAGUACGGGUUUCCAGAGGGGGGGUUACUAGGUUGGAGCAUAGGGAAGGCUUGGACCCAUCCUCAUCUUUAAAGAAAGUGAAGAAGGGCUGUAAUUUCUGAACUAUCACUCCACUAGUCCAUCUGAUCUGAUUCUCUUUAUAGUUGCAAAGAAUUGUGGAAAAGGAUCUUUGCCUCUUAUUUCAUAGGUUUUAGAAUGUGUUGUUCUCUAGGGCAAAAAACCCCCAGAACUUCCUUGCUUUCUUCAUUGUUCUACAUGGUAGUGUUUUUAUUUAUCCCACUGCAUUUUUAUUUAGCCUUUCUGUCAGAUAAUACACACACCUCAGACCUCACGAGGGUGUGUUUCCACCUAGGGCACACUUUGGCUCUCUCCACCUAUCUAGUUACUCAAGCCUCACUAAUUUCCAUCACUAUUUUUUAUUUUUUUUUAAUUAAACAGGAAAGAGCCAGACUUCUCAGAGGUCAGUCUGUUCAACAAGUGGGACCCCAGGGCCUUCUGUAUGUUCAGCAAAGAGAGCUUGCAGUGACCUCCCCAAAGGAUGGCUCCAUCUCCAUUCUGGGUUCUGAUGAUGCCACCACUUGUCACAUUGUGGUCCUGAGGCACACAGGUAAUGGGGCUACCUGCUUGACCCACUGUGACGGAAGCGACACCAAAGCUGAGGUCCCCUUGAUUAUGAACGCCAUAAAAUCCUUUUCCGACCACACUCGAUGUGGAAGGCUGGAAGCGCACCUCGUGGGAGGCUUCAAUGACGACAGGCAGUUGUCACAGAAACUGACUCAUCAGCUCCUUAGUGAAUUUGACAGACAAGAAGAUGACAUUCAUUUGGUGACACUGUGUGUGACAGAAUUAAAUGACCGGGAGGAAAAUGAAAGCCACUUCCCAGUAAUUUACGGCAUUGCUGUCAACGUCAAAACUGCGGAGAUCUACAGAGCCUCCUUCCAAGACCGAGGUCCAGAGGAGGAGCUGCGGGCCGCCCGAGCUUUAACAGGAGGACCAAUGAUUAGCAUUUACGAUGCAAAGACAGAGCAACUUCGUAUAGGACCAUAUUCCUGGACACCGUUUCCCCACGUGGAUUUCUGGUUGCAGCAAGAGGAUAAGCAGAUACUAGAGAACCUUUCCACGUCACCCCUGGCUGAACCCCCCCACUUUGUUGAACAUAUUAGAUCUACGUUGAUGUUUUUAAAGAAACACCCUUCUCCAGCUAACACACUGUUUCCUGGGAACAAGGCUCUACUCUACAAAAAAAAUGAAGAUGGCUUAUGGGAAAAGAUCUCUUCCCCCAGAAGCUAAAAAUAGGAAUUACCAAAGAAAGCACCUCUCUGACACAACAAAAGACCACUGGCGGGGGCAGGGAAGAAUGUGAACUUGGAAUCUUUACCUAUUGAGUCUUAGGUAUCUCUCCUUACUCAGUGUUUUUCAGAUGACUUUAAAAUAAAAUCUUAUUUUGGCAAAGGCA